GCGUGACUGCCGGGACGGAGUGAGUCUUCUCACAAACGAGUUUUCAACGACGAGACCAAAACGGCACGAAUUCGGACCCUGCUGCCUAACAUGUUGACGCUCCAAGGCGCGUAAAUUAUUCAGAGAAAUCAAACCUUCCCACUCUUAUAAAUUCCCUUUCACAUCUCCUCCUCACUGGCGUCUCUCCCUUUCUCACGCCGACGAUGAAGAGCCGCAGUGUCAAAAUCUCUACCAAGUGGAUCCCAUUCUUCUGCGUAUCUUUCUUCGUUCUUGGACUUGUCUUCUCCAACAGGGUAUGGGGACCAGUCGAAUCCAACGGCCAGCUCAUGUCGCAGCGUCGACGUGAGCAAGAGCUGCAAAUCGUAACCGAGGAUUGCAACACCAAGAGUAAGCAUUCGCCUGACAAUGAUGUCAUGGAGGAAGUUCACAAAACCCACGAAGCAAUUCAGCUUGACAGAUCGCUGGACAAGGCAGUUUCUACGCUUCAAAAGCUGGCGACGAGUCGUAAUUCUCAGGAAAUCCAGAGUUUGGAGGGCUCGGCUUUGUCUCGUGAGGGGCCUCCCAGGCAGAAAGUCUUUGUGGUUAUUGGAAUUAACACUGCUUUUAGUAGUAGGAAGAGGCGUGACUCUGUAAGGGAGACUUGGAUGCCUCGAGGGGAAAAGCUUCUCCAACUUGAGCGUGAGAAGGGGAUUGUUAUCCGUUUCAUGAUUGGCCACAGUGCAACUUCCAACAGUAUUUUGGAUAGGGCUAUUGAUUCUGAAGAUGCUCAGCACAAGGACUUUCUUAGACUGGAGCAUGUUGAGGGAUACCAUGAAUUGUCUGCAAAAACAAAAAUUUUCUUCUCCACUGCAGUUGAAAAAUGGGAUGCUGAUUUCUAUGUCAAGGUGGACGAUGAUGUCCAUGUAAAUCUGGGAAUGCUAGCGGCUACUCUUUCCCAUCACCGUUCAAAGCCAAGGGUCUACAUUGGGUGCAUGAAAACUGGACCUGUUCUUGCUCAAAAGAAUGUCAAGUAUCAUGAACCGGAGUAUUUGAAGUUUGGAGACGAGGGGAACAAAUACUUCCGACAUGCAACUGGCCAGAUAUAUGCAAUCUCAAAGGAUCUUGCCACUUACAUCGCUGUCAACCAGCCCAUAUUGCAUAAAUAUGCUAAUGAGGAUGUUUCGCUUGGUUCUUGGUUUAUCGGCCUUGAGAUUGAGCACAUUGAUGACCGCAAUAUGUGCUGUGGGACUCCACCAGAUUGUGAGCGGAAGGCACAGGCUGGUAACCUCUGUGUUGCAUCGUUUGAUUGGAGCUGUAGUGGAAUCUGCAAGUCAGUGGAGAAGAUCAAAUUUGUCCAUGAAAAAUGUGCUGAAAGUGAUGGAGUUGUUUGGAGUGCUCUGUUUUAAGAAUCAAUUAAGACGUGUUCUUGGCUAGAAAGCGGUAGAGAAGCUAAUCAAAUAUACAAAUACUGUCAAAAAUAAAGGGAAAGGUGGUUGAGAGUUGAGAUUGGGGCAGAAUUGACCACCAAUACCAUACUGGUAAAAUAUGUUUCCUCUAUGACUUCCACUCCAGUGACUCCGUGGCGGCUGCUUAUAUGGACUGAUAGUUGUCGCCCAGACCUGGAUUUGGGAUGUUGAUAGUUUUAACACAGCUUCCAAUUCUUUUACGAAUCGGGUAUUUAUACUUCUUUUUUGUAAUUUUAUACUUCGAAUAUUGCACUACCACAUGGCUUCUGGCUUCAUAACUUCAUUGAUGAGACUAUUAAUGUAGUUUUAGAUAUAAGUAUCUCUUAAGAACGCAGAUGCUGCUGCAAGUGUAAUCUCUUGAACUCUGGUGGUGGCUUCUUUGAGUUAACCAUAUAUUAUACCUAUUUAUAGCGGUGAUUGAAAAAUUGUAUGGUCCCUAUUGAAACU